GGUUGAAAUAUACGGAAUAAUUUUGGGUGUAGUAAACCUACACUACACUUAAGAAAACCGGCAAAAAAAAAAUAAAAACGUUACGUUUAAAAAGAAAAUUAAAAUGCGUUACGUCGGUUAUAAUAUUAUUUGUUUUAUCAUAUUUAUUAUACGAUAUUCAUCGAGCAAGGAAAUAUCGUUACAAAAUGAACUCGAUCAGAUAAGUGAUUCGGAAUCCCUAACGCCGCAUUCCAGAACACGACGUUGGUUUCCUUUCUAUACAAUUGGUCGUUUUGCCAAUGAGGUGUGUACAGGCAAGAAUAAUCUUCAUGGCACUUGUAUGGUGAGAGGAGAAUGUGCCGAUAAUGGAGGAGUUUCAGCAGGAGGUUGUUCAACCAUUACCAACCAGGCGGUUUGUUGUAUAUAUCAGAAAACCUGCGGCGCUACCACCCAAUACAAUAACACCUAUUUCUACAACUCCGGCUAUCCGGGUACCUACAGUGGCGGCGGCCGAUGUACCAUAGUGGUGCAACCCUGCGAUUCAAAUAUUUGUCAACUUAGAAUUGAUUUUCUUUCGCUACAAUUGGCUCCACCAAAUGGUGAUGGUUUCUGUUUGACCGAUUCUCUACAGAUAACGGGCGGUUCGUCGCGUGUACCAGCCAUAUGUGGUGAUAAUUCAGGACAACAUGUUUAUGUAGAUUUCAAUGGUGAAUCACCCAUAACCAUUUCAGUAGCCACCUCCUCCAGUUAUACCUUCAAUCGUCAGUGGCAAUUACAAAUAGCACAAUUAGCAUGUGCCUCACCCACACUGGCGCCCUCCGGCUGUCUGCAAUACUAUAUGGAGGACAGUGGCACCGUACAGAGUUUCAAUUAUGGUUCGGCGGCCAGUUCUUUACCCAAUUCGAUUGGUGUGCCGGGUAGUAGACAAAUAGCUAAUCAUCGUUAUGGCAUUUGUAUACGUAUGGGUGCAAAUAAAUGUUCUAUAACCUGGAGCCAAGUAGACUCGGAUGCCUAUUCCUUUACUCUCACCAAUGAUGUGGGUGCUGUAGAUCCUUCACUCUUGGCCACGGAGGCAGUACAAAGUCAAGAAUGUACCACCGACUUUGUUAUCAUACCAAAUCCCACACAAAAUGGUAACACCUUACCCAGUGAUCGUUUUUGUGGUUUGGGUUUGGUAUCCACCACCAGCUCUACCAAACCUUUUGUUUUGUAUGUCGUUACAGAUGACAAUGAGGAUUUCGAUAUAUCAAAUCGUGGAUUUUAUCUUUCGUAUUCACAAAGUGGCUGUCCGGUUAUAUGAUGAGAUUGCUGCAGUGUUUUUUUUAUACAAAUCAUUAUUUUUUUAAUGACUGAGGAAUUUAUAGGUUGAGAGCUUUAAGACGAUUUAUUAACAACAAAUUAAAAAUAAAAAAAAAAAAACAGUGGAAAAUAAAAUAACAAAUGUACUUA